AUGAUUGCCCGUCACCACCUCUGGAGGAGCGCGCCAGCCUUCGCAUCAUACCGCGCACCACCGACGACGGCGAGAUGGCUCUCCAGCGCACCACUGGACGCUCUGUCGCGCCCUGUUCAGACCUACAUCUCCGCAUCGCGUGACCCGUUCCUGAAUCUCUCCGUCGAGCAUUACCUCCUACAGAAGACCGCUCCGGAGUCUGCCGUGCUCUUCCUGUACGUGAACCGACCGAGCAUCAUCCUUGGCAGGAACCAGAACCCAUGGGUAGAAGUCAACCUUGCGUUGCUCGACGUAUCGCGGGACCGACCACAGACCGAGCCUCCUGGAAUUGGCGCCCUCGAUCUGGUACGCAGACGUAGCGGCGGCGGCACCGUCUUUCACGACCAAGGCAACGUGAACUGGACCGUCAUAUGUCCCUCUGCGCAGUUCACGCGUGAUAAGCACGCCGAGAUGGUGGUGCGGGCGUUGCGAAGUUGUGGCGUUGCCAGAUCCAGGGUCAACGCCCGGCACGACAUCGUCCUCGAUCAAGGCGAACGAGGUGCCGCUACAGAUCCCGAGGACACGCACUGCACGCCUUACGAGGCGACAGACUUUGAUACGCCUCGCCCUCUGAAGGUCUCCGGGUCGGCGUAUAAGCUGACCCGCGAUCGGGCCCUGCACCACGGCACUUGCUUGCUGUCCAGCCCAAACCUCCAGGUCAUCCCAGACUAUCUGCACUCUCCAGCCAAGCCAUUCAUCACUGCUCGUGGGGUGGAAAGUGUCAGCUCGCCCGUUGGAAAUAUCUUGCUGAGCAAUGAUGAAUUCAUUGGCAGCGUCCAGGAGGAAUUCGCUAAGCAAUAUUCCUCCCAGGGGGACCCCAUCAGUCUGGGCGACGAGUUGCUGGAAGAACAAAGCAUUGCCAAAGGCUACGACGAGCUCAAGUCGCCGGAUUGGACGUUUCUCCAGACGCCGCAGUUUACAAUCUCGACUAGAUCUCAGGCCGUCCUUGAUGUCGACCUGGAGUUAACUGUCCGCUAUGGAGCUGUGACAAAUGCCUCGUUGACCGUCGAUAGAGACAGCGGCGCAGCUGCCGCCGUGAGCGACCUCAGAGGGGGUAUCAUCGGCCAAAAGAUCCAUGAGAUUGUCGACUGGGGGGCUGCAUUCGGUCCUGAACUCGACAAGCUUGACACCUGGCGAAGGGAGCGGCUAUUGAAAUGGCUUGAGAGUAUGCUGCCGAAGCCGUCGCAUUAG